AUGACUUCCAGCACCAGCCGCGAGGACUUCAACAAAGUCUUCCCCGCACUCGUACAGGAUAUCAGCGAGCAUGCGAAGGAGUAUAACAUUCCGGCACCAGCUCUGGAAUGGCUGCAAAAGAACCUGAACGAGAACACGCCCGGAGGGAAACUAAACCGUGGCCUAUCGGUCCCCGACACUGCGCUUGCGCUCCUCGAGAAGCCCCUGACCGAGGAACAAUUCAAGCACCUUGGCCUCCUUGGAUGGAUGACCGAGCUCCUGCAGGCCUUCUUCCUCGUCUCAGAUGAUAUAAUGGACAGCUCGAUCACUCGUCGUGGCGAGCCGUGCUGGUACCGCCGCCCGGGAGUCGGCAUGAUUGCAAUCAACGAUGCCUUCAUGCUCGAGUCCUCUAUCUACGUUCUCUUGAAGAAACACUUCCGCUCUCACCCUGCAUAUAUCGAUCUUGUCGAGCUCUUCCACGAGAUUACCUUCCAAACUGAACUCGGCCAGCUGUGUGAUCUUAUCACUGCCCCUGAAGACAACGUCGACCUGAACAACUUCAACAUGGACAAGUUCAACUUCAUUGUCAUCUACAAGACUGCCUACUACAGCUUCUACCUUCCUGUUGCUCUUGCUCUGCAUUACCUCCAGCUUGCCACGCCUAAGAAUCUUCGUCAGGCUCAUGAUAUCCUCAUCCCAUUGGGCCAAUACUUCCAGGCUCAGGAUGACUACCUUGAUGUUUUCGGAAAGCCAGAGCAAAUUGGAAAGAUUGGAACCGAUAUUCAGGACAACAAGUGCUCGUGGGUGGUCAACCAGGCUUUGAAGCGCUGCACUCCUGCACAACGCAAGGUCCUCGAUGAGUGCUAUGGCCGAAAAGAUGCUGCCAUGGAAGCCAAGGUAAAGGCUGUUUUCGACGAGAUGAAUCUCCAGAAGGUCUACCAUAACUUUGAGGAAGAGCAAGUUUCAAAGUUGAAGAACAUGAUUGCGUCCAUUGACACCUCCGAGGGACUCAAGGGAAGCGUCUUUGAAAUCUUCCUGGCUAAGAUCUACAAGCGUGACAAGUAG